GUGGGAUUUUUUAUAUUCCGUUGGCGGAACAUUUGCCGCCAGCCCAAAGAAAUCUACAAUUUUUUCGCUUCUUGUCAAAGAAAUACUUAAAAUUAUUUAAUAAGAUUUUAAGGAGAUAAUGGCUACAGCACAAAAAGAACACGAUGUUAGUCAAACAUCAUCAAGUGAUGAACAAGUUGGACCAAUGCUCUUAAAUAAAUUGGAGCAACAUGGAAUAAGUGCUAACGAUUGUAAAAAACUUGCGGAAAGUGGACUCCAUACAGUUGAAUCUGUUGCUUACGCUCCAAAGAAACAAUUGCUUUCCAUAAAAGGAAUAAGUGAAGCUAAAGCAGAUAAAAUUUUGGCUGAAGCAACAAAACUUGUUCCUAUGGGAUUCACAACUGCAUCUGAAAUUCAUCAGAAGAGAGCUGACAUCAUACAAUUGACGACAGGAUCCAAGGAGCUGGAUAAACUUUUACAAGGUGGAAUGGAAACUGGAUCCAUAACAGAAUUAUUUGGAGAAUUCCGAACAGGGAAGACCCAACUUUGUCAUACUCUUGCAGUAACUUGUCAAUUACCAAUUGAUAUGGGCGGAGGAGAAGGAAAAUGUCUUUAUAUUGACUCCGAAGGAACCUUCAGACCAGAGCGUGUACUAGCAACAGCUGAACGAUUUAAACUCCCUGGAGCAGAAGUAUUGGACAACAUCGCCUAUGCAAGGGCAUAUAACAGUGAUCAUCAAUUUCAAUUACUUAUUCAAGCUGCUGCCAUGAUGGCUGAAUCUAGAUAUGCCCUUCUCAUAGUGGAUAGCGCAACAGCCCUUUAUAGAACUGACUACUCUGGUCGAGGAGAAUUAUCAGCUCGACAAAUGCAGUUGGCAAAAUUUCUUAGAAUGUUACUAAGAUUAGCGGAUGAGUUUGGAGUUGCGGUAGUUAUAACUAAUCAAGUUGUGGCUCAAGUGGAUGGUGCAGCUAUGUUUUCAGCUGACCCAAAAAAACCAAUUGGAGGCAACAUAAUGGCCCAUGCAUCUACAACACGAUUAUACUUAAGAAAAGGUCGAGGAGAAACGAGAAUAUGUAAAAUAUAUGACUCCCCUUGUCUCCCGGAAGCUGAAGCUAUGUUUGCUAUUAAUAAAGAUGGAAUUGGAGACGCAAAAGAUUAAUUCUAUUUUUUAAUAAGACUGAUUAAGAAUUUUAUUUUAUCAGCAAACUGUUAUAUAGCUAUCGUUUAUACUUCCAUUAUUUUUUUAUUUUUAACAUUAUUAAAUAAAACUUCAAGUAUUCUUUUUACAGUAAAAUUUUAUAAA